GGAGGUCGUAGAGCGGCAGGCGGUCGAGGGACACCGAGGCCAUUGAGAAGAAAUGAGGGCAAAUCCAACAUCACCAGAGGUCCUCAGAAGCAAAGACACAAAAAAGCUCCCCAGAAUGCAGGGCACCUCGUCCCGCGUUACCCAGGACCAGAGGGUCAGCCGGGGCAUUACCCCCAACACCAGGAACAGCCACCGCCUUUUCACCCCGACGACCGUUACCUCGGCCCAGAGGAAGAGGGCAGAGGGCUUCAGCACAGACGCAAGCCUCGCCGUAGUCUUGAACAGGAAGGAUAUUCUGAAAACGACCACGACAGACAAGAGUUUAUGGACUCUGACUAUCACCGGGAUCCUAUGGGCGCUGGGUACAGAGAUCAUCCAAUCCCACACGCAGAGGGUCGUCCCAUGCAUGGCUUUGCGGAAGAGAUGCCCCACAGAGAAGCGUCUCCGUACAGAAGACCACAUCCAGAAAGCGACCCCCUCAAGCAGUUCUACACUGAGGAACUCCGGCGCGAAAGGGCCCGUGCAAACGACGCUGCCGCCACUGACAGGAUGACCUAUCCCUCACCCGACCUGCAAGACAGGCAUCCGGGCGGCGCCGGCGCUCGGACGUACGCCUACCCGCCGGGAGGUGCCGAGCGACACCGUCCAGGCGGAACCCCACAAGGACCCCGUGAUCCUCCAGAGGCCCCUGGCCCCCACGAGAGCAGCUACUUCAAUGAUGAGAUGAGACGAGGGACUCCCGCUCCCGAAGAGUCCUACCAAGAUGGACAUGGCCACAGGGCACAGGGCUACCCGGAUCAGGACCGUCACGGCGACCCGGAGCCCAGGAGGAACGCCGACCAGCUGCUGGAGAGAGAUUAUUUGUUUGAAAUGGUCGGAGCCCUGCGUAACAAGGGCUCCGACCCAUACCAGAUGCUGCCAGAGGGGGGCCGAGGGAUGUCUGAGAUCCCAGAGACCUUCAGACGCUUUCUUCAAGGGAAUGCCAGCAGCCAGGAGGCCAGGAGGAGAAAGAGCCGCUUCUCUGAUGCUACUCAAGAGGAGAUGGAAGGGUCAAAGCGAAUGUUAAUGGACUCUGAUAGAUAUAUAACGUUUGAGGAACCUGGUCCAUCAAGGCAGGGGAGCAGGGAAAGGCAUGAAGCCCAUGGAUCCCAAAGGCCCGACCCAUACACCCAAUCACAGAGCCUGUAUCAAAAUGAGAGCUACCCAGAAAGAGAGGUUGAAAAUGCAAAAGAUGGCGGGAAAGUGUUUGAUUUAUUGAAAAACAUUGAAAUUGAAAAUGGGGAAGAGGCGGACUUCCUCAAGAGCCGACUUUGUAAUCUCCUGAAGGAAUUCCAAGCCAAAAAGUCAGAGAAGACUUUGCAGAACCGACCGGACUCCGCGCCCAUCUCCAGAGACUACAACCACAGGAGCGAGGCGCCCCGGGCUCCCUCGCCCCCCCGGCCGGAGCCUGGGAGGGAGGCCUUCAGGGAGGGGAUGCAGCGGAGGCCCAUGGAGACCCACCCGAGGGCGAUGGAAACCCACCCACGGUCAUCCCAGGAUCCCAGGGGUUGGAAGGAGGAGGAGCGGGAGCAAGAGCAAGGAGGCCCGUCUGACGAGAGGUUCCAGGAACGCCCGCUUCCUGUCCACUCGGACGCUAACGUUUCAAGUAGACAGCGAUACGAGGAGGUUUUCGGAGUUGUCGGGCAGCACAGAGCCCCAGACAGCCCUCAGCCAGAGGGGCCGGCCCGUCCCCGGGACCGCUUCCAGGACCAAGGGGACCGCUUCCAGGACCGGGGGGACCGCUUCCAGGACCGGGGGGACCGCUUCCAGGACCAAGGGGAUGGCUUCCAGGACCGGGGGGAUGGCUUCCAGGACCGGGGGGAUGGCUUCCAGGACCAGGGGGGCCGCUUCCAGGAGCAGGGGGGGCGCUUCCAGGAGCAGGGGGGCCGCUUCCAGGAGCAGGGGGGCCGCUUCCAGGAGCAGGGGGGCCGCUUCCAGGAGCAGGGGGGCCGCUUCCAGGAGCAGGGGGGCCGCUUCCAGGAGCAGGGGGGCCGCUUCCAGGAACGCGGAGACCCCUGCGAACACCCAUCAGCUUCUCCCGAGUUCUUGGGCGGUCGCUUGGCAUCCCCAUCUUCCCACCGGGAGCAAGGAUACCGGAGGCCCAGGAGCCAGCAGCACUCAAUGUAA